GGCACACGGAUUAAGUUUCUAGUUAGUUACGGAUGUACGUAUUUGCAAUGUCAUUAAAAGGGGAUCAGUUGUCCUUCAUAUCCAUUCAAAUAAGGAAUUUAUGUUCUCAAUUUUAGCACUCAUGCUACUGGAUUCAUGUGGCUCUUUAGUCAAAUUCCAUCAAGCUCUAAUAUCAUAACAUUUAAAACUUGGAAUGCUUUGUUUCCACAUGUCACCACUACACUCAUUUUGAUCCUUUUAAUUCAGAUUUCUGGGUCUGUACAUAGUGGUCAAAUAUGUAAGCCACCGGAUAGUCCUAACUUACCGGAACGUAAAUAUAAGCUCCAAGAGCUUCAUUCAGCUUUUAAGCAUGUUUCUGCAAAAUCAAAUUUAAUCAAUGAAAAACGACUUAAACAAUCUCGUCUACAACCAAAAGGUUCUAAUGCUCGAUAUAUCACAAAUGUGCAUUUGGGAGUACAACUUGGACCAUUGGGACCAGAUAAUUUUGCUCAGGUCCUUCCUGCAAUUGAUCUGGCUCUCGAAGAUAUACAAGCAUUUCCCGCUUUUGGAGGUGUCAGUUUUACUACAGUACUCAUAUUAUACAUUGAUGCCCUUGCAUGUGACGCACUUGCCUUAUUAACUCAACUAAAUUCAAAUGGAGUGAAUGUAAUUUUCGGCCCUUUAAAUGAUUUUACUCUGGCUAACGCUGCGAGAUUCAGUACUGCUAUGUACAAUGUCCCUAUUGUAGCUCCUGCUGGCUUUGCCCAUCAGCUUAGUGAUAAACUUGAAUAUGGAAUGCUUACACGUGUCUUAUUUACUUAUUCUGAUUUGGAAUGGGUUUUUGGCAAUACUUUAAAACACUAUGGGUGGUUGCCAGACCAACAAACACCUAUAGCCAUAGUUACAACUAGGAAUGUUAGACGUCGAGAAGGUGUGGUCGGGCACACAGGAAUGGCUGGUGUUUUUCAACAUUUAAUAUUACAGAAGUUCUUAGUUAAAGCUGCAUAUAAACUUUUAUCAGUCACCUUGGAUGAUGAAUUUGAUGUAACUGAUCGCUUCCUGAAACGCCUUCCUGAUUCUGCUAGAAUUAUAAUACUAUGCACAGAUCCAGAAGUUGUACGGGAUAUUAUGUUGGAAGCACAUAAAUUAAAUAUGGUUAAUGGAGAUUAUGCAUUUUUCAACAUGGAUCUUUUAAGCAGUCAAACGAAAUUGAAAAGACCUUGGUAUAAAGAAACAUCUAGUCCAGAAGAAAACGAAAGAGCACGUCAAGCUUAUCGUGCUCUUAUGACUGUAACACUUUUGAAACCGGACAGUCCUGAAUAUCGAACAUUUACAGAAGAAGUGAGAGCAAGAGCUUUACGUGAUUAUGAAUUCAGUUAUCGAGAUUCUGAGGUAACACCGUUUAUUGGAACAUUUCAUGAUGCUGUUAAAUUGUAUGCCUUAGCUUUAAAUGAUGCUUUAGCCAAAGGUGGAACAAUCACUAAUGGUACAUUGAUUACACAAGAAAUGUGGAAUAGAACAUUUAAAGGCGUUACUGGUGUUGUACGUAUUGAUGCGAAUGGUGAUCGUAACGCUGAUUAUUCUUUACUGGAUAUGAACCCUGUAACUGGAGAUUUCGAAGUUGUUGUAAAUUAUUUUGGUAAUGAUAAGUCUUUAUCAACUGUUCCCGGUAGAACAAUUGAUUGGAUAAAUGCUGAUAAUCAACCUCCAUUGCAUACACCACCAUGUGGAUUCGAUGGUUCCGAAUGUCAUAAUAGUCAUUUUAUUCAUAUUGGAAUUAUUGGUGCAGUUGUAUUCAUUUUAUUAAUGACAAUGUCUUUAGUCUUGGGAAUAAUAUUCUAUCGCCGUGCUAAAUUCCAGGCGGAACUGCGUGCUAUGAAUUGGAUUAUCCCAUGGGAUGCGUUGCUAGUGACAGAAAAACAUUUACGACGUUAUCGACGUGAGAGUGAUAUUCGUUCACCCAACCAAUCAUCUGAUCCGUUGAGAAAAAUAUCAUCGGAAACAUGUACCGCUGCAGCAAGUAAAUCUUUACUGAUUGGUAGUGAUCCAACAAACAAUGAAAAUCCAACACAAUAUUCAAAUACAGUUGAAUUCUGUACAACAGUCGAUGAAAUUUCUCCAGAGAAGCCAAAUCGUAAAAUUUCAUUUAGUAAUCUUAUUUUAUCUGCGAUUAAUUCUUCCGGGGGUAAUUCUAGUGGAACUGGUACAAAUUUACCCAUUGAUAAAAAGCGUCGAAAAACAUCAACUUCUGGAAGAUUUUUAGCUCGUUUCGCUGGUGAUUCGAUAACAUUACCACCCACAGUAUUUGAGGAGUCUUGUUCACAAACUACAUCACCAUCUAAUUAUGUUGGCUAUACGCAGUUACAAGGAGUUAAUGCAAAUAAACGUCAACAUCGUUUAUCUAGACGGAGUAAGACAAAUGAUGAAAAUCAAGUAAUUGAUAUUAAUAGUCCAACAAACGGGCAAAAUAGUAAAGGAAUGCCAGAAUGGACUUACUUUAAACAUCCAUCUUUUGAUUAUACGUUUACUAAUAAACAAAAUAAAUAUCGAAAGAAACAUGAUAGUGUUGGGAUGGAUUCUGAUUAUAAUCCAUUAAUGGAAUUCGAUUUUUUCAAAAAGAAAAAGCAUUCACAAGAUUCUCAAUCAAGUUUAGGUUCAUUAGAUACAAUCUCUGGCAUACAAUUAGAUAAAUUAGCAAAUUCACAGAUGUUUGCACGGACAGCAUUCUACAUGAAAAGUAUUGUUGCCCUGAAGCCUCUACGUAGACAAACACGAAUCGAACCAUCCAAAGCACUGUCGAUUGAAGUUAAAAAAGUUAAAGAUUUGAAUUGUGAUCAUAUUUGUCGAUUAAUUGGUGUAUGCUUAGAAGUGCCGCAUCAGUGUAUUGUUUAUGAAUACUGUCCAAAAGGAAGUUUGCAAGAUGUUUUGGAAAAUGAACAAAUCAAAUUAGAUUGGAUGUUUAAAUUUUCUUUGAUGCAAGAUAUUUGUCGAGGUGUUAUGUACUUACAUCAAAUAUUUGGUCCACAUGGUAAUUUGAAGAGUUCCAAUUGUUUGGUGGACUCACGCUUUGUAUUAAAAAUCACUGACUUCGGUCUACCACAUAUACGUGGUCCACCGCCAUUAGAAUCAGAAGUUGGCAGUUUUAUAUUUCAUCGAAACUUAUUAUGGACAGCACCAGAAUUAUUACCUGACGGUGAUACAACUAUUUAUCCACGCGAAUCAAUAAAAGGCGACGUUUAUAGCUUUGCAAUUGUCUGUCAGGAAAUUGUAUAUCGCAAGGGUGUAUUUUAUAUACAGAAUUUUAAAAAUUGUGAACCAGAUUUUAUUGUAAAAGAAGUGAAAGCACACAGGAAACCACCAUUUCGACCGACAUUGGAUUCAUUGGAAGGUUGCUCUGAAGAUUUAGUUCAAUUAAUCUGUCAAGCAUGGGAUGAUGAUCCAAGUGUACGACCAGAUUUCCAAUCAAUUAAAUUAUCUAUGCGAAAAUUAAACAAAGCAGGAGAUAGUAAUAAUGUUUUGGACAAUUUACUCUCUCGUAUGGAACAAUAUGCGAAUAAUUUAGAAGAAUUAGUUGAACAACGUACAGCUCAGUAUUUAGAAGAGAAAAAGAAAACAGAAGAUUUAUUAUAUUCUAUGUUACCAAGAUCUGUAGCCAAACAAUUAUUCCGUAAUCAACCAGUAACUGCAGAAAGCUUUGAAAUGGUCACCAUUUAUUUUAGUGAUAUUGUUGGAUUCACUUCUCUUUCAGCGGAAUCUACACCAAUGCAGGUUGUAGAAUUGUUAAAUCGAUUAUAUACAUUAUUCGAUGGAAUAAUUGAAAAUUUCGAUGCAUAUAAAGUUGAAACAAUUGGUGAUGCGUAUAUGGUUGCUUCCGGCUUGCCACAACGUAAUGGUAACAAACAUGCACGUGAGGUAGCCCGUAUGUCUAUUGCAUUUUUGAAAGCUAUUUUUGAAUUUCAAAUUCCUCAUCGACCUGAGAAACGUUUAGAAUUAAGGAUUGGUAUACAUUCAGGUCCAGUAUGUGCUGGAGUUGUUGGACAAAAAAUGCCACGCUAUUGCCUAUUUGGUGAUACAGUGAAUACUUCUUCACGAAUGGAAAGUAAUGGUUUACCCUUAAAAAUUCAUAUCAGUCAACAAACAUUUGAUGUAUUGAAAACAUUUAAAUCAUUUAUUAUGACUGAACGUGGUUUAGUUGAAAUGAAAGUGAGUACAUUGAUUGUUCAAUAAAUUUUAGUCUCUCUAUAUAUAUUUAUAUUUUUUUUCAUCAUGGGGUUGUGGAUAUUGUUGGGUUUCAUUCAAACAACAAUCCGAUUAGUUUUAGACCACCAUUUAAAACCUGGUAUCAUUGGAUGGUCGUUCCGUCCUAGUAUGCGAUUCGUCAGCGGCUCGCAUCUACGAUCCCGCACGCGGGACUCGAACCCAAGACCUUUUAUCUCGCGCGAAUGAUUAACUUCUAGAUCAUUGAGCUGGCAUCCAAUGGUUUUGUUGUCUAAUGUUUACAUAUAUAUUCUCGCACAUCUUUUGCAUGUUAAAUGUUUUGCGAUUCUCAAAAUUACUACAGUGAUUCAGCUAAUUGAACUGCUCAUUUCCUAGGAUGAUUGACUGAUCCACCUUGCUAAAUUCAGAACUUAUUAAUGGAAUUAGCGCACAAGAACAAUCAAUUAAUUUACUAAAUAUAUAUUAUUAAACCACAAGGUAUAAUCUUUAAAGUAAUAAACUCAUUAAUCAUUGUUGAAAAUGAAAACUAAACAACACAAACAAUAAUUCUUUACUCUUCAAUCUCCUCUUGUCUCCUGUAUCUAUCGAUAUUCAUCGUUAGAGCUUGGAAACAUGUUGCUGCUGGUAAUAAUUAAUAGAAUGUAACAUUUUUCGAAUCCUAUCACUUGUGUUUGGUUUUCUCUUUACAUGUCUAAGACAUGAACUGGUGUUCUUCAGUACAAUCAACUGUUAUAGGCAUCAAAAUUGAUCUCUGUGGUUAUCGAUCGUGGUAAAAUAAACAUUACAGUACUUAGAUCAUUGAUUCCUUGAUACUAUUUACUAAUAAAUAUCUUGUAAAGUGUAUAAUCAUUUCAAAUAGCUUAAUACACUUAUAUUACCAAUAUUCUAUUCUUCACAUUGUUUUAAUUCAUAAAUAUAUUUUUUCCUAAUAAUAUUCAUGUGUAUAGGGUAAAGGUCGUCAAAAAACGUAUUGGUUACAUGGUGAAGAUUGUUAUAUUGUUGAUCCUAUUCCUCCUGGUGCACAAAUAGUUGGUGGAACAUACGAAGGUGUUACAGGUCCAAUACCUGCCGGUGCAUUAACACAUAAAGGAAACUCUGAUUUUACUCAAUCACCAGAACAUGUAUGUAAUCCACAGUUAACCUCUCCUCCAUCCAAUCAUCUUGCUAUGAUUAUUAAUAAAGAAACUGUUGUUGAUAAUUCAAUUAGACGUAAAUCGCACAGCUCACCUGCAUCGCCAGCAUUUAAUUCACAAUCUAUCUUAGACUGUAGUAAUAUCAUUAAUCAUAAUAAUAAUAAUAAUAAUAAUAAUAAUGAUAAUGUCAGUUUAGUUGGUACUGACCAUCAUCAUUAUGAUCCUCAACAAUAUUUACAACAAUCAAAAUCUGCUGUUGAAUCGAAUGAAAGAGUUUCAAUGAAAAUUACUAAUCCUUAUCAUCCAAAUAAUAAUAAUAAUAAUAAUAAUAAUAAUUGUGAAUUAACUAAUCCUAAUCAAAGACGAGUAGCUGUUUGUCAUUUAAAUGAUAAUCAAGUUAUUUAUAAUGCAUCAAGUAGUAGUUGUGUUGAUAAUAAUUCACAACAAAUUGACGAGAAAGUUUAAUGUGAUGUGUUGUAAAAAAGAAAAAUGAAUAUUUGAAUUAAAUUCUUAUGUGAUUGUUUCAAAUUUUCCAAUUCUACAGAUCACAUCAUUACUGAUAACAUUUGCUCUUUGUUUUUUUUCUAGCAAUUACUAUUAAAUUCAUAGUGAUAUUUGAAAUAAUUUUAAUUAUUGUUUACUGUUGUUUAUAUUGGUGUACAUGUAUGUAUGUAUGUAUAUAUGUGUGUGUUCAAAGUAAUGAAGCAAUUCAAUUGUACAACAUAUACUCAAUCUCUCUUCUUUUCUAUGACUGUAUAUGUAAAAUGAAUUUUGCUCAAAAAGUGCUUUCAAUAUGAUCUCACUAAAUUAUUGUGCCUAACAACAAUCUAUGCAUCUAUUCUCUUAAUCUCUAUCAUCUAUUUAUAUCAGAAAUAUUUGCAUACAGAAUCUGCAUGUCAAUGUUUAUACAAAUUUCAAAUGUGUUUGUGUAUGUGUAUGUUUACCAAUGUAAACUGUAUGUGUGUGUGUCUAUUUGUGAAUAUGAAGUUUAAUCCUGCCUAUUGUUUAUAAAACUAUUUUUCUGUAUUCGUAUUUGUAUGAUUUCGUGUAUUUGGGUGUAUGCGCACAUAUAUCUAUGAUUAUUCGGAUUUCUUUAUCAGUAACGUAUAUGUUCAGUAUUUAGAUGUUUUGAGGUAUACAUUUAUAUGUGUACAUCUCAUUCAACUAACAAUAAUAAUAAUAUGUACAAUUUAGUUUCUGUGUAUACUUUUUUUUAAAAAAUGUCUUAAUAAAACUAAUAUGGGUACUAUCAUUAAUAAGUUAAUUAGUUUAUGAAAGAAACUUUCUGUACUUCUGAUCUAUCCUGUCUUUCAUUUUUCAUUAUAUGUUUGUAUAUGUGUUUAUUUCUUUCCCAAUUUGUUUAUUUUAUUACUUUUUGGCAUUCCCUAAAACACUUAUUUCUGUUUAUUUAAUUUUCUCUAAGAUUUAUUAUUAUCACCGGUUCAUUGAGAGAAAGAGAGGAAAGUCCAUAUCUUCAGCUCAUUCCCAAUAGUUUAUUUUUAAUUAGUUAAAACACAGAAUCAUGAUUGUAAUAAAAGUAUAUGCGUUUACGAGUUUGCCUCACUAUGUAUAUGCAUAUACAUUUACAUGUGUGUAGUAUGUACAGUAGUGAAAACUGAAUGUUGAUUGAUUCUUCUUUCUGUUCCAUCACUGCUGAUAUCUUGUAAAAUAUCUUCUUACAAAAUUUCUACUUUAUAUAUGCCAAGAUUGUUAACUAAGAGUUUUAUGAACCACCAAUUUGAACAGAAAUACUAUAAUCCUCAUUGUUUCCUUUCAUUUGUUCAUUUCUUUGUAAAAAAAAUAUAAGAAAAGCAACCUCACAUUAUCAUUAUCAACAGUAACAGUGAUCUCUGAACUAAUGUAGAGAAGUUUAAAGAAAGUGUAACAUUUUAUUCAAUCUAAUAUUAAUUAGGUUUAUCAUAAUUUUCUGUAUAAAUAUUCAGUUAACCAUAAUUUCUCACUGUAACUCACUUCUUUCUUUUUCUCUUCUUUUCAUACUUUACAUUCUCACAAUUGAACAAAUAAAACUAUUGAUUAUGUAAAUUACUACUACAAUUACUAUUAUGACUACUAUUGUAUAACAGCUACUUAUUCUGUAUUUUCUCACUCCUCGAUUUUACCAUUGACAUAACCUCCUCCGUCAUUACACUUUCUGAUUAUGUUUAUUGCUUUUUCAAAUGAAAAGAAAAUAAUUGCGAGAUGAUAUUUCUCUUAUUGUUGUUUAUUGGUUUAGUAUGUAGUUCUGUUUGUCAGUCUGUGUUUUUCAUCUCUUUUUUUUUCUUCGUUUUCUCAAAACAACUACUACGAAAAUAAUUAACAAUCAUCAUUCUUUUAUAACAAUUAUUAGAAGGCCGUCAAUAUUGUCCACUUCCCUUCAAAACUACCAUCUGAAAAAUAUUGAAAUUUGAGCUACGUUCAUUAAAUCUUAUUGAUUUACUUCACCUUUUGAUUUUUAAUAUUACUGGAUUCUUUUAAAAACACAACUCUUGAUGUUACUUGUAUUCUUGUCACUGUUGUUGUCUGGUGACCGUAAUUGUGAUUCCUACUAUAUUUCAUACUUCCCCAGAGAUGUUUACCUGUAUAUUUCUUUAUUUCUAUAAAUCUACUUCUUCCAUGUUUACAUGCUAAUUUUUUUUCUUUUGUUUACUACACGUUAAUUCAUUUAUAUAUAUAUAUAUAUAUAUAUA